AGAAGGCAGUUACGGGAGCGGAAGGACGUGUGAUCGGAAAGCUCUUGAUUGUGAUCGGCGAGGCCGGGAAGAAGGAAGAGGACUAUUUAAGUCCAAUUUGUUUUUGUUUAUUCAAUUCUUUUGGAGAAGCAUCCAUUUUUCUUUUUCUUCCAUUUCGUUUUGAUUAAUUGUCGGGUGGAAUCUCGGCCACGUGGUGAGUCACAAUCGCCUCAAUGAGUGAUUGGGAUCCAUUGCGGAAGUGUAGGCUGGUGUGUAAAUGAUGGGGACACCCAGAGCUACAAAGAGGUCUAGAGUAGAUAACAUGAGAGAGACCUUUUGGGGUGAUGAGGACUCGGGAUUAUACCUGAGUGUCACCCUGAAGUCAGGAAGUCCGAUCAAGGGCAAAGGCUGGCCUUGGGUUCAGACUUGUAUUAGGGGCAUCUUAGGAGGACAAGACCGAGUAUCAAAGGCGACAUUUCAGAAUGAUGGGAGUCUGUUGCUGAAAACAAAAAAUGAAAGGCAAUCUGACAGACUGCUGAAAGCGACAAUGUUCGGAAGUGAGGAGUGCAGUGUUCAGAAAGCAGAGAAACUUAACACGAGCAAAGGCACUAUCUAUGCCUUUGACCUGACUGAACUUACCGAACAGGAGGUAGUGGGAUGGCUCCAGGAGUUUGGAGUGGUUGGAGCGAAACGGGUGACAAGGAGGGUGGGAACUCACAGGGAAAACACCCCUCUGCUCAUCCUGACAUUUGACAAGCCAACGUGCCCAACACAACUACAUUUUGAUUAUGUGUCCUAUGAGGUGCGAAGGUACAUUCCUAACCCUCUGCUCUGCAAUCAGUGUGGCAAAUAUGGUCAUGUUCAGGCCAAGUGCAAAAGUGUUGCCUUAUGUCUGAAGUGUGGGGGUGAGAAACAUGAAGGGGACUGCUCCCCCAAAUGCAUUAACUGUACUUCUGAUGACAGACAUCCUUGUUACUCCCAUGACUGCCCAGUCUGGAGAAAGGAAAAGGAGGUGUGUGAAAUCAAAGUAACACAGGAUAUUUCAUACGCUCAUGCUCGGAGGGAGUAUGAGAAAAAGCACCAAAGACCCACAACACCGGCAUAUUCCACUAUACUUCAGACAUCACCGACCACACAGCAACAGAACCACCUGGAUACUUCUCUGAGGGAGCGGGUUGAUGUACUGGAAACAAAGGUGGAUAAGAUGCUGUCCCUUCUCAACAAACUGGCGAGUCAGGCAGGGGUUAACACCUCUGAUGAGACACUCCAGAUCCCAAACCGAGAACCUGAACUGAGAGACUGUGUCCCAACCCCUGCACAACUACCACGUGAGGUGGGAGACAGCAUGGCUGAGGACAAUCCUACUCCAGGUAGUGGAAAUGGGAGUUGUCAAAAUGCCCAGGUCGAUGUAGAGACUGACACCUCUGAUGACAUGGAGGAUGGGGAAAGCCAAGAGAUUGGCAAAAAGGGAGUACACUGGACCAAAGUGGACCGUCAUAGUAGAGAUAGGAAUAGAGGUGGAGGAAAAGGCAAACAUCCAACAUCCCAAAUGCAUCCAUCGUCUCAAGAAGAGACUAGAGGAAAACAGGAACCACUCACUGAACAGAGGACGAAGAAACGAAUGCCCAGUCUCACUAGGAUGGGCACCCCACCCACCUAGUGGAAGGCCAGGCAGUAGAAAGGCUGUAUAUAGUGCAGAGCAUCAACAAGUUUUUAGUGUUGAAUUGUGUCUUGGUUGACAGUGCACAUUGCACUGAAUGGUACAUACAUCACACAGAUAGUGUGCACAAUGCAUAUAUGUUCCCAUUGUGGAAGCUUUGGUUUGAAGUGGUAUGUAUUUAUUUGAUGAUAAGUUACACCUUUAGUUUUUUCAAUGGGUCUUAGCAUCCUACAAUGGAAUGCACGAGGGCUCAUUGGCAAAUGGGCCGAGGCAAAACCCAUGUUCAUGCAUGGUAACUUCAGCCUCAUAUGUAUUCAAGAGACUCAUUUCAUGAUGAAUGACAGGUAUACUUUCCGAUUACCUGGAUUUUCUGCGUAUCAUGAAUACUCACGUCAAGGAGGACGGGGUGGAGGAGUGUCUAUAUAUGUGUCUAACAACUUGUCACACUUCCAGGUACAGGUACACACUACAUUACAGGCAGUGGUAUGUUCGAUACGGGUCCAAAACAGACGAAUUGCGAUCUGUUCAUUGUAUCUUCCACCGAAUGAGACCUUUUCUUUUACUGAGAUGGACCAGUUGAUCAAAGAGCUUCCUAAGCCCUUUGUCAUUUGCACGGAUGCCAACAGCAAACAUAUGAUGUGGGGUAGCCAAAUAAAUGACACUCGAGGCAAUAUCUGGAUGGAUGUGAUUAACUUGAAUACCUUGUGCGUGCUGAACGAUGGUCAACCAACUAGAAUUGACGACUUUACAGGACACGAGUCAUUUAUUGACUUAACUGUCACAACAAGCGACAUUGCUCCCCUGAUGGAAUGGAAUACUGACAAGGACCUUCAUUCAAGUGACCAUUUCCCCAUACACAUUAGAAUGGGUUCUGAUACAGGAGCACCACCUCCAAAUGUUCCACCUUUAUUUUCAGGUUGGAAUGUUAAGCGAGCAGAUUGGACUGAGUUUCAGAGGCACUUUUCUUUUAAGUUUGAUAGCAGAAAUGGUGUUGAGAAUUGUGACAACAUGGUGGCAGCGAUGCUGGAAACGGCCACCCAAUUUAUUCCCACCCGAAACUGUAACACUAGAUACAAAUGUCCAUGGUGGAAUGACCAAUGCCGAAAUGCCAUUAGGGAGAGAAGGCGUGCUCAGAAUCGAAUGAGGAGAGACCCACACUCUGAGUUUCUGCGAAUUGAAUAUCGUCGAGCCAAAGCAAAGGCUCAUCGCACAAUCCGUGAGGCUAAGGUAACUUCAUGGAGGGAGCUCAUAUCGAUGUUUAACCACCGAACACCAAUGAAUAAGCUAUGGGAGACGCUUCGGAAAUUUAACUACAAAGGUCGCAUAUCCCGACAAUACCCGGUACUGUUUGAAAAUGAUGCAACAAUCGAUGAUCCUCUUGAGGUGGCUAACACGUUUGGACGUUUCUUUGCUGGUCUGAGUGGACGUUCUAUGUACUCUGAUGUAUUUUUACAACGAGAACGGACACUUGUUGAUUCCAUGCCGGACUUUGGGAGUGAGAACACCGAAGACUAUAAUAAAGAGUUUUCGUUCCGUGAACUGACUAAUGCAAUAUCUAGAUCA